AUGCCCCGAUUAAUCGAGGAUUCGAACGGCUCUGAUAUCACCAACAACUCAAUGAAUGGACACCCCAAUGACCAUGUUCAUAAAAAUGGACCAUCGCUGAAUAGCCCACAUCAGAUAAAUGACAAUGAAGCUUCUGGCAAUGGAAUUAGUGUGCCGAAAGUGGCUUCCCAGCUGCCUAUCGCCAUCUGUGGCAUGUCAGUUCGUCUCCCUGGUGGCCUGCACUCACCACAGCAAUUGUGGGAUUUCUUAGUUUCUAAGAAAGAUGCCCGCGGCCCAGUACCAAAGUCCAGAUACAAUGUUGCCGCCUACUACUCUGAGACGUCGAAACCCAACAGCGUCAACACUGAGUAUGGAUACUUCCUUGACGAAAGCAUUGAUCUUGCUACUAUCGACACGUCGUUCUUCACAAUGGGAAAAUCGGAGGUUGAACGCACGGAUCCACAGCAACGGCAAAUGCUGGAAGUUGCCAGAGAGUGCAUGGAAGAUGCUGGUGAAACCAACUGGAAAGGAAGACCAAUCGGCUGCUAUAUGGGCAGCUUCGGUGAAGACUGGGUGGAGAUGUUUGCCAAAGAAAACCAGCAUACCGGUUCGUACCGUGUGACUGGUUACGGGGACUUCAUGCUGCCUAACCGGGUCUCAUACGAGAUGGACCUAACUGGGCCAAGUACGGUCGUUCGUACUGGCUGCUCGGCUGCCCUUGUUGCACUACAUGAAGCAUGCUUGGCAGUCUCCAGAGGUGACUGUGAAGGAGCCAUUGUCGGCGGUGCCAACUUAAUAAUGGCCCCAGGCAUGACAGUCGCCAUGACAGAUCAAGGUGUUCUUGCACCUGACGGCUGCUGCAAGACCUUCUCUGCCGAUGCCAAUGGCUAUGCUCGAGGAGAGGCGAUUUCUGCGAUUUUCAUCAAACCCUUGGUGGACGCCGUUCGUGACGGCAAUCCGGUUCGUGCGAUUAUCCGGGCAACGGCAUCUAACAAUGACGGAAAGGGCACUGCUGCUGGUAUUCAAGUUCCCAAUGACGUUUCCCAAGAAGCAAUGAUAAGGCGUGCCUAUGAGCUAGCAGGAAUUACGGAUUACUCUGAAACCGCUUUCGUUGAGUGUCAUGGCACAGGUACAGCAGUAGGGGAUCCAAUUGAAACAAGAGCAGUGGGUCGUGUUUUUGGCCCUCAUGGCGGCGUCCAAAUUGGCUCCAUAAAGCCCAAUCUCGGGCACUCUGAAGGAGCCUCAGGCCUUACAUCGCUGAUAAAAUCGGUAUUGGCCCUUGAAAAUCGGAUCAUUCCUCCCAAUAUCAAGUUCAACAUCCCCAACCCCGACAUCCCGUGGGGCUCCUGUGGGCUUUCUGUUCCCACAGAACCUAUGCCUUGGCCCGAGUCUCGGAGAGAGCGAAUCAGUGUGAACUCCUUUGGUAUCGGAGGUACUAAUGCCCACGUUAUUCUCGACUCCGCUCAAAGCUUCAGCGUAUCACCCGUUCUCGAGCGGCCUACGACGUCGCCUCAACUGCUUGUUUAUUCGGCCAAUACCGCCAAAUCUCUGGAAUUGAUGAUUGCCAGCUAUAGAUCUUACAUCCAGAAAAAUCCAGGCAGAGUUAGUGACUUGGCGUUCACCCUUGGUAACAGAAGAGAACACUUACCUCAUCGAGCAUUUGCUGUGAAAGGCCAACUUGGUACACUCACAACUUCGUCUCCCUCAAAAGCAGGUGCAACACCCAGCAUCGUCAUGGUAUUCACUGGUCAGGGUGCCCAAUGGCCCCAAAUGGGUGGCCAUAUGAUCAGAAGCUCUCCCUAUCCUGUGUUCAAGAAGACCAUCCAAUCUCUCAAUUCAUAUCUGCAAACCCUCAAGCAUGCUCCAGAAUGGAACAUUGAAGAAGAGCUUCUUAAGCCCGCUGAGACUAGCAGACUCACCUCAGCUGAGCUGUCUCAGCCUCUCUGCACGGCAAUCCAAGUUGCUCUAGUCGAUACCUUUGCCUCGGUUGGGGUUCAGCCUACAGCCGUCGUGGGCCACUCCAGCGGCGAAGUGGCUGCUGCAUAUGCUGCUGGGGCCAUCACGGCCAAUGAAGCCAUCACCAUUGCAUUUUACCGUGGUCUGGUUACCAAUAUGCAAGACAAGCCUGGGGCUAUGGCAGCUAUCCGCAUGAGCUCCAAUGAUGUCCAGGAAUAUCUACAAUCUGGGGUAAUUGUUGCUUGUGAGAAUUCGCCCAAAAGUAUAACUCUCGCUGGUGACGCGGAAGCAGUUGAGACUGUCAUUGCCAGGAUCAAAACAGCCAGUCCUGAUAUCCUAGCAAGAAAGCUGCAAGUCGACAAAGCGUACCACUCUCACCACAUGGCUGAAAUAGGUGCCGACUACCAUGCCCUUAUUGAACAUGAAGUGUCUGCCAAAAGUCCGGCAAAGGCGUUCUUCAGCAGUGUGGAGAACAGGGUGCUCACCCAGGAUUCGAGCUUUGGCCCCAAAUACUGGCAGAAAAAUUUGGAGUCCCCGGUGUAUUUCAGUUCAGCCGUCUCAUCCAUUCUCCAGCACGAGAUUGCGAAAAAUAUGGUUUUCCUGGAGGUUGGCCCUCACUCAGCUCUUGCGGGUCCCAUACGGCAAAUCCAGACUCAAUUUUCCAACUCUUCCCCAUAUAUCUCUGCACUUAUCCGCGGCCAGAAUGACGUUGAAUCGUUCCUGACGGCUAUCGGGAAACUGCAUGUUGUAAAUGCCCCUCUCGAACUGCAUAAGGUUAUUAACCAGGGCUCUACUCUGCCAGACCUCCCAAGAUACCCAUGGGACCACUCGAAGAAAUUUUGGUACGAGUCUAGGCUGAGCAAGGAGUGGCGACACCGCGAGCACAAGUAUCACGACCUUUUGGGUAUCCGGGUUGCGGAGAGUCUCGAGUUUGACGUUACCUUCCGAAAUGUCUUCCAAUUGACCAACGCGCCCUGGAUUCGUGACCAUAAGAUCGGCGACGAUAUUGUCUUCCCUUUUGCCUGCUACGCUGGGAUGGUUGGUGAGGCUGUGCGACAGGUCACCGGAGUCGAUGAAGCUUUCAAACUUCGCUCCAUUGUCGUCAGUGCUGCCCUUGUCUUGAACGAAAAUCAUCCAGUUGAAAUUAUGACCACGCUGCGUCGCCAUCGCUUGACGGACUCCCUCGACAGUGAAUGGUGGGAAUUCACUAUCGCAUCCCACAAUGGAACCAUUUGGACCAAACACUGUGUUGGCCAGGCUAGAUCGCAUAGCGAAAGCUUUGGAGAUGCGGAGAUAAAUCUUCCCCUCUUGCGUAAGGUCAAUACCCGCCGUUGCUAUGAAUCCAUGGCUAGGUCUGGCCUCAACUUCGGCCCCUCAUUCCAACGUCUCGGUGAUGUCAGGUCUGACACUACUACUCAGAAGGCGACGUCUGAAGUUGCUGCAAAGGACACCGAUGGCAAGGACUACCACCUGCACCCGACAGUCAUUGAUGCCUUAUUGCAGCUGCUCAGUGUUGCCGCGUCAAAGGGAUAUGCUGAUCCCACGACCAAAAUGAUGAUCCCAACCAAUAUUGAAGAGAUUUGUAUCUACCGCUGUUAUGGUGGUGUCCAAAUCCGAUCUUCCGCCUGUUACACACCAAAUGGUUCCAUUGUUGGUCAUGGGGAGUGUGUCUCUGCUGACGGGAAGCUCGUCUUGUACAGCUCUGGAAUCAGACUCUCUGUCCUGGAAGACCAGGAUUCCGGCAAAUCGCAAGACGCCACUGCGCGUACAGAAUGGGGUCCCCAUAUCGAUUUCCUAGAUGCCAGCACUCUUAUCAAACCUUUGAUUGACCGCAGCGACCACGUGCCCCUCCUCACGGAGCUGUCUGAUAUGUGUAUGGUUCACACUCAGCGUGUCAUUACAGGGUUGGACACUUCAAUCAGUCAUAUGCACAAAUACCGAGCAUGGAUCGAUCGCCACCUCCAGUCUCCUAAUCUCCAAAGUCUUCAAACCCUUGACAAUGCCGCUAUUGAGCAGCGAGUGAAGCGCAUUGUCCACGCGUUGUCCCUCACUCCGGGCUGUGAUGGCGCCGUGGCCAUUCAGAAAAUCUUCAGCAACGUUGAAAAGAUCUUCACUGGUGAAGUGGAUGCGCUGGAGGUGCUCCUGUCGGAUGAUACAUUGACCAAACUAUAUGUUUCUAUGGAGCUGUGCGAUGAGUCGCUUUUCUUCAAGCACCUGACUCACAGUAAGCCUAAUCUCCGUGUCCUUGAGAUUGGUGCCGGAACAGGUGGUUCUACAGCCAGCAUUCUGAAGAUGUUAGCAUCUGGAAACAAUAUCCUAUACUCGCAGUACACAUUUACUGAUAUUUCAUCGGGAUUCUUCGUUGCUGCCAAGGAACGCUUCAGUGCGCAUCCAAACAUGGAAUACGCUACGCUUGACAUCAGCAAGGAUCCCUCAGAGCAGGGGUUUGAUGGUCAUGAAUAUGAUCUUGUUCUUGCAGCUAAUGUCAUUCAUACCACCAGGUCUCUCGGUGAGAGUUUGACCAAUGUCCGUAAACUUCUUGCACCCAACGGUCGGCUCCUGCUUCACGACAUGACACCAUCUUCCAAGUGGCCCAACUACGUCUGGGGAACUCUACCCGGUUGGUGGUACGGCGAGGCCGAUGGCCGGCCGGAUGAGCCUUACGUUAAUACCGAACGCUGGGUGAGAGAGUUGAAGGCUGCGGGGUUCCGCACCCCUGAUACUGUGGUUCUUGAUUCAGCAGAGCCAAAUCAGAUGAACGCCAUGAUUGUGGCCAGGCCAGCGAUCAAGGACAUCCCCAAAAAACGAGUCACGCUCCUGACACUCGCUGAAUCGACUUCUGUCAGCUCAAUACUUCGGGCUCUGGAGAGCAGGGGAUAUGCCAUUCAUCAUUGCGGAUUGCAGGAUGUGCCGUUGCCUGCUGGCCAGGAUGUAAUUGCUUUUCUUGAUGAUGAAGGCUCCUUUUUUGAAAAUAUGGAUGAGACACGCUUCGAGUCUUUCAAGAAUUUGGUGAAGAACUUGAAGGAAUGUGGUAUUCUCUGGGUGACUGGCCUUUCGCAGAUCCAAUGCCAUGAUCCUAGAUUUGGCCAGAUCAAUGGUAUUGCCAGAACCAUUCGUUGCGAAAUGAUAGUCGAUUUUGCUAUCUGCGAGGUCGACCAUGUGGCUUCCUCUCUAGACAGCAUCAUUGAUGUGUUUGAGAAGUUCCAGAGUCGUCAGGAGGACCGAAUGCUCGAGCCUGAGUUUGAAUACGCAAUUGUCAAAAAUACUGUCCACGUUGGACGUCUUAUUCCCUUCUCAGUGCAAGAUGAGCUUCUGACAUCCGCUUUGACUGACAACAUUGCGCUUUGCACCAGCAAGCCUGGCCGUCUUACUGCUUUACACUGGGCUCGACAGGACACUGAAUCGCUGAAGGGCGAUGAUGUCGAAAUCGAAACUCAUGCCGUUGGCUUGAACUUCAGAGAUGUUUUGUGUGCCAUGGCCAUCGUUGAAGCUCCAAGGAAUGAAUUCGGCUAUGAAGCUGCCGGCAUUGUUCGCCGCAUCGGCCCCAAGGUUAAAGAUAUUAAGGUCGGCGACCGCGUCAUGUUAAUUUCGCGCGCUGCAUUCGGGACGCAGGUGGUGGUAUCUGAGAAUCUUUGUGAAACGAUUCCUAGCGGCUUGAGCUUUGAGGACGCAGCUGCCAUGCCUUGCGUGUUCGCUACCUCGAUCUACUCCCUCUUCAAUACUGGUAAUUUGAAGAAAGGAAAAUCCGUUCUUAUCCAUAGUGCAUGUGGUGGUGUUGGUCUUUCUGCUAUUCAGCUUGCCCAGAUGGUUGGCGCCGAGAUAUAUACAACUGUCGGUAACGAGGAGAAGGUCAAGUAUCUUAUGGAAACUUUUGGACUUCCGAGAAACAGGAUCUUCAAUUCUCGUAAUACCUCGUUCGCCAGGGACGUCAUGCGCGAGACCAACGGCGAAGGGGUUGACUUGGCCCUGAAUUCUCUGUCCGGCGAGUUGUUGCAUGCGACAUGGAAGUGCAUUUCAGCCUUUGGCAAAAUGGUCGAGAUUGGCAAACGAGACUUGAUAGGCUCCGGAAAGCUUGACAUGAGUUUUUUCUUAGCCAAUCGUAGCUACUGCUGCGUUGACUUGGAUCAGAUUUGUUUCACUAGACCGGCAAUUGCAAAGGGGCUGCUCAAGAAUAUUGUGGACCUACUUAAGGAGCGCCAUAUAAAUCCCAUUCGACCCAUCAAGGUCUUCACGUCUGAUGCCAUCCUGGACGCUUUCCGGUAUAUGCAGCAGGGUGUUCAUAUAGGCAAAAUCGUCGUGUCAAUGCGCAAUUCUGCUGGCAAAAUAACUAUAGGAUUGAAGGUUCAUCAGCGGAAGAAGCUCACCCGCUUUGAUAGCUCUGGUGCGUAUCUGCUUGUCGGUGGCCUCGGGGGCUUGGGUCGCUCUAUCUCCACAUGGAUGGUAGAACGCGGAGCCCGUCACCUUAUCUACCUUUCCCGGAGUGCUGGUUUAAAUGAAAAGCACCUAGAGUUUGCGCAAGAACUUAUCAGUAUGGGCUGCCGCGUCGAUUUUGUUCACGGUAGCGUUUCCAAGCCUGAUGAUGUGACCAAGGCCAUUGCACAGGCUCAAGGCCAGCUCAGGGGUAUCUUUCAGAUGUCCAUGGUGCUUCGUGAUCAGAGCUUCCCCCGCAUGACAAUAAAUGAAUGGGACACCGCUGUUGAUCCUAAGGUCAAAGGAACCUGGAAUCUCCACAGUGCUUCCGUAUCCGCGAAUGCGGACCUUGACUUUUUCAUUCUUUUCAGCUCCGUUUCCGGUCUCUUUGGGCAGCCCGGUCAAGCCAACUAUGCCGGUGCCAACAGUUUUCUAGACGCCUUCUCCCAGUAUCGCUUGAGUCUGGAGCUGCCGGCCUGCGCCAUCCAGAUUGGCGCCGUCGAUGGGGUUGGAUACCUCUCCGAGCACGAGUCGCUCAUGCACAAGCUAAAGGUUUCCGGUAACUUGGGUGGGAGAGUCUCGGAGCAGGAGGUCCUUGAGACGAUCGAGGCAGCCGUACAAUCUUCCAUAAAUAAGCCACGACUCUGUGCCUCAAACAGCUUCUGUCUUGGGCUCCGCUCAGCCGCACCCCUGGGAAAUGCUGGAAGCCGUACCCACUGGAAUAAAGAUAUCCGAAUGGCUGUCUUCCAUAAUUAUGGACAGACCGGCAAUACGUUGGCCUCUACUUCCAGUGAAGGCCUGCAAUCUUUCCUAGCCGCGGCUAAGGAUGAUCCCGCUUUACUUAGUCAGCUUGACUCUGCUCACUUUCUCGCAGUCGAGAUCGGAAAGAGAGUGUUUAGCUUCUUGUUGAAGCCAGAAGAAGACCUGCAGACGUCGUGCUCCCUGGUGGAUCUGGGAAUAGAUUCCCUCGUGGCCAUCGAAGUGAGACAGUGGUGGAAGACGACUUUCGGUUUCGAUAUAAGUGUGCUCGAAAUGAUGGGGAUGGGCAGCCUUGAUGCCCUUGGAGAGCACGCUGCUCAUGGAAUGCUUAAAUUGUUCCACGGCGUUGAAGAGUAG